CAUACCGAGCCGCCUCACAACACGGAGCCUGCUCACACCAAGCCUCCCAACACCGAGCCACCGCACACCAAGCCUUCUCAGCAUACUGAGCCGCCUCACAACACGGAGCCACCGCACACCAAGCCUCCCAACACCGAACCCCCUCACACCAAGCCUUCUCAGCAUACUGAGCCUCCCCACAACACGCAGCCCAUCACAGAGAUCACCAAGACAACCACCUUUGUUACUACUGAGCGCCCUGUCACCUCUACUGUUGUCACCUCUGGCACUAAGACUCUCACCGUCCCCAUCACUCAGACUAACGUCAUUACGGUCACCACCACAUUCUGUGAGUCAUCAACCUUGCCUGUGAUCCCUGUGCCUACUGGCACUGGUGUUCCUGUACCACCAGGACCGGUGCCUACUACCUCUGGUAUUCCU